GUAGUCAAAAGUAAAAUUUUUUUUUCUUAAAGUCCAAAGAAGAAAUAAAUAUCAUGAUAUAAAAUAAAAAAUCACAUUUUUAAAUAUUAUUCUUUAAGUUACGAUGUACAAAUUUGUAAAUAAUAGAAAAUUAAAUAAAAAAUAGUAAUGUUUUGAAGAACGUAGUGUGUUGUAGUUAGAGACGUGGCAACACUGCAGUCACUGCAUAUACGUACAGCUGAUGCUAAUUUGUAAACUUGAUUUUAUUUUCGUAAUGAUUUGUGAUUAUAAUCGAUAUUUUAAUGCAACUACGUCAACUACGUGUAAAUAUUAGUAAGACAAAAUGGAAAAUCAAUUGCGAUUUAAAGGAAAAUUUAUAAAAGAGAAAGUUCUACAGCAAAAAUUGAAAAGAAUCAAAUUUCUGAAAGAAAAACAAAACGAAUGGCGAAACAUAACCUCGAAAGAAAAGAAACACCCUUGCGAAGGAACUCGUCUGGUUGAUUUGAAAUUACUGGGAAAAAAUUUGAAAUGUCGUAGUUGCGAAAAAAUUUUGUUAUUAGAAAAUGUUGUAGAAGAAAAGAGAUCUGGAUUGCACUCUACUUUACGCGUUAUGUGUGACUUUUGUUCCGUACUAUCAGAAGUUGCAACUGGCGAUCAACACAAUGUUACGGAUCAAUCAAAAUGCUUUGUGAAAGCUAAAAUUCAUAAUGAUGUAAAUACGAAUGCUGUAUUAGGUGCUUUUCAUGCUGGUAUAGGACACACGCAAUUGAACAAAAUUUUGGCUUGUUUGAAUGUUCCGAGAAUAUCAACAAAAAUGUAUAAGCAAUACGAGCAAGAAGUCGGUCCAGCAAUCGAGGGAGUAGCGCGAGAUUCUUAUAAGAAAUCUGCCAGCGAAGAAAGAAAAUUAGUUGUAGAAAAAAUGGAAGAACUACGUGACGCAUUGUAAGAUUUCACUUUUGGUUUAUUUUAAAGGUUUUCUAAAGGCUCAUUUUAAAAAAGUAAUUGCAGUACGACUCGAUAAAUUUCAGUAUUUACUUAAUUAAUUUAAAAAAUGAUUUAUUUAUAAUAAUUCGUAAAGUUUUCUGACAAUUUU